GCCCACCGCCACCGCGCCCAGGCUGCCCCGGCUCGGCCACCGCGCAGCCAUGGCUGGGGGUCGUGGGGCCCCGGGGCGCGGCCGGGAUGAGCCUCAGGAGAGCUACCUACAGCGACAAGACCACGAGCUGCAGGCCCUGGAGGCCAUUUACGGCGCCGACUUCCAAGACCUGCGGCCGGACGCGUGCGGACGGGUCAAACAGCCCCCUGAAAUCAACCUAGCACUGUGCCCUCAGGGCCUAACUGGUGACGAAGUAUAUGUGAGAGUGGACUUAAGAGUUAAGUGCCCACCCACCUAUCCAGAUGUGAUUCCUGAAAUAGAGUUAAAGAAUGCCAAAGGUUUGUCAAAUGAAAGUGUUAAUUUGUUAAAAUCCCGCCUAGAGGAACUGGCUAAAAAGCAUUGUGGGGAGGUGAUGAUAUUUGAAUUGGCUUACCAUGUGCAGUCAUUUCUCAGUGAGCAUAACAAGCCCCCUCCCAAGUCUUUCCAUGAAGAAAUGCUGGAAAGGCAGGCACAGGAGGAGCAGCAGAGGCUGCUGGAGGCCAAACGGAAAGAGGAGCAGGAGCAACGUGAAAUCCUCCAUGAGAUUCAGAGAAGGAAAGAAGAGAUAAAAGAAGAGAAGAAACGGAAAGAAAUGGCUAAGCAGGAACGUUUAGAAAUUGCUAGUUUAGCAAACCAAGACCAUCCAUCUAAGAGAGACGGAGGAGGACACAGAGCAGCUGCUGUGCUGCCCGGGGGCUCUCCUGACUUUGUAGGAAACGGCAAACACCGAGCCAGCUCCUCAGGGAGGUCUAGGCGAGAACGUCAGUAUUCUAUAUGUAGUAGUGAAGAUUCUCCUGGCUCUUGCGAGAUCCUGUAUUUCUGUGUGGGUAGUCCUGAUCAGCUCAUGGUGCACAAAGGGAGAUGUAUUGGCAGUGAUGAACAGCUUGGAAAAUUAGUUUACAAUGCUUUGGAAACAGCCACUGGUAGCUUUGUCUUGUUGUAUGAAUGGGUCCUCCAGUGGCAGAAAAAAAUGGGUCCAUUCCUUACCAGUCAAGAAAGAGAGAAGAUUGAUAAGUGCAGAAAGCAGAUUCAAGGAGCAGAAACAGAAUUCAACUCACUGGUAAAACUGAGCCAUCCAAAUGUUGUCCGCUACUUUGCGAUGAAUUUCAGAGAACAGGACAACUCCAUCGUGGUGGACAUUUUGGUGGAGCAUGUUAGCGGGGUGUCUCUCGCUGCACACCUGAACCACUCAGGCCCCAUCCCCACGCACCAGCUUCGCAAAUAUGCAGCGCAGCUCCUGUCAGGCCUCGACUAUCUGCACAGCAACUCUGUGGUGCACAAAGUCCUGAGUGCAUCGAGUGUCUUGGUGGAUGCAGAGGGCACUGUCAAGGUCACGGACUACAGCAUUUCUAAGCGCCUGGCAGACAUUUGCAAGGAGGAUGUAUUUGAGCAAACCCGAGUUCGUUUUAGUGACAAUGCCCUGCCUUAUAAAACAGGGAAGAAGGGGGAUGUGUGGCGUCUUGGCCUUCUGCUGCUGUCGCUCAGCCAAGGACAGGAGUGUGGAGAGUACCCUGUGACCAUCCCCAGUGACCUACCAGCUGACUUCCAAGACUUCCUAAAGAAGUGUGUCUGCCUGGAUGACAAGGAGAGAUGGAGCCCUCAGCAAUUGCUGAAACACAGCUUUAUAAACCCACAGCCAAAACUGCCUUUAGUGGAACAGAGUCCUGACGAUUCCGGAGGACAAGACUACGUGGAGACCGUCAUUCCCAGCAACCAGCUGCCCAGUGCUGCCUUCUUCAGUGAGACCCAGAGGCAGUUUUCCCGGUACUUCAUUGAAUUUGAAGAAUUACAGCUUCUCGGCAAAGGGGCUUUCGGAGCAGUGAUCAAGGUGCAGAACAAGCUGGACGGCUGCUGCUACGCGGUGAAGCGCAUCCCCAUCAACCCGGCCAGCCGGCACUUCCGCAGGAUCAAGGGCGAGGUGACGCUGCUGUCGCGCCUGCACCACGAGAACAUCGUGCGCUACUACAACGCCUGGAUCGAGCGGCACGAGCGCCCCGCUGCGAUGGGGACAAGGACAGGGACGCCAGCCCCGGGCUCGGGCCCGCGACCCCCGGCACAGGACGCGCGGACCGCCCGGGCGCAGAUGGACGACCUGGACCCGGGCAGCGUGGAGGCGCCGCCACCCAUCCUGAGCAGCUCGGUGGAGUGGAGCACCUCGGCCGAGCGCUCCCGCUCUGCCAGCGCCCGCUUCACUGGAGGCCCGGGCUCCAGCAGCGACGAGGACGAUGACGAAGACGACGAUGAGCAGGACGGUGUCUUCUCCCGCUCCUUCCUACCUGCUUCAGAUUCUGAAAGUGACAUCAUCUUUGACAAUGAAGAUGAAAACAGCAAAAGUCAGAAUCAGGAUGAAGACUGCAUUGAAAAGAACAGUUGCCAUGGAAGUGAGCCAUCAGUGACAACAGAGGCUGUGCACUACCUAUACAUCCAGAUGGAGUACUGUGAAAAGAGCACACUCCGCGACACCAUUGACCAGGGGCUGCAUCGCGACACUGUCAGACUCUGGAGGCUUUUUCGAGAGAUUCUGGAUGGAUUGGCUUAUAUCCACGAGAAAGGAAUGAUUCACCGGGAUUUGAAGCCUGUCAACAUUUUUUUGGAUUCCGAUGACCAUGUGAAAAUAGGUGAUUUUGGUUUAGCUACAGACCAUCUAGCCUUUUCUACUGAUGGCAAACAGGAUGAUCAGGCAGGAGACCGCUUGGCCAAGUCCGACCCUUCAGGCCGUUUGACUGGCAUGGUUGGCACAGCUCUGUAUGUGAGCCCUGAGGUCCAGGGAAGCACCAAGUCUGCGUACAACCAGAAAGUGGAUCUCUUCAGCCUGGGAAUUAUCUUCUUUGAGAUGUCCUAUCACCCCAUGGUGACGGCCUCAGAACGGAUCUUCGUUCUCAACCAGCUCCGAGAUCCCACUUCUCCAAAGUUUCCAGAAGACUUCGAUGAUGGAGAGCACACAAAGCAGGUGAUUUUCUGAUGCUUUAAUUGCUACAUCUGCUAUCUUCAGUUUUAAUUACUGUUUUACUUCUUUUUCAAUUAGUGAUCGUC